CACGAGGCGUCUAACCUUUACAUGAUGCCUAUGGUCUACAUUGUAGCCCAACUCUCUUGGGAGUAGAAGAAGACCACGACGAAGAAGAAGAGCAGCAGAACCUUUAGAGAUUCUUGUAGAACGAUUUGAGCUGUUGCUCGUGUUGCAUCCCGGAUGCUGAUAUGGUGGUUUUUGAAAACACGCCCUGACCAACAAUUCCAAGUUGAUUGAUGAGCUGAUGAGACCUGGUUGAGCUGGCUUCGGAACUUUUCGCCAGAGAUAAAGAAACGAAGAUGAACAGGAAAAGGGAUAAAGGAUUUGAGAGUCCACGACCCUUUAAAUUAACCCAUCAGGUGGUGUGCAUCAACAACAUCAACUUCCAGAGAAAAUCUGUUAUUGGCUAUGUUGAGCUGACUAUACUCCCUACAGUAGCCAACCUUAACAGAAUUAAGUUGAACAGUAAACAGUGCCGAAUCUACAGGGUCCGGAUAAAUGAUCUUGAAGCUCCUUUCAUUUAUAAUGACCCCACUUUGGAAGUGUGCCACAGUGAGUCCAAGCAAAGGAACCUGAAUUACUUCUCCAGUGCCUAUACGGCUGCAGUGAGUGCUGUGGACCCUGAUGCUGGACAUGGCGAGUUGGUCAUUAAAGUUCCUUCGGAACUCUGGAAACAAGGGGAUGAUUGUCAUCUUUUAAAGGUAUACAUUGAAUUUUCCCUGGACCAGCCAAAAGGGGGUCUCCACUUUGUUGUCCAUGAUGUAGAAGGCAGUAUGUCAGAGAGAGGGGCUCACGUGUUCUCCUUUGGUCAUCACAACUCUACACGGUUCUGGUUUCCUUGUGUGGAUUCCUACUCAGAGCUGUGCACGUGGAAGUUAGAGUUCACCAUUGAUUCUUCAAUGGUUGCAGUCUCAUGCGGUGAUCUCGUAGAGACGAUCUACACGAAUGACAUGAGAAAGAAAACAUUCCACUAUGUCCUAUCCAUCCCGACGGCAGCUCCCAACAUCUCCUUAGCUGUUGGGCCCUUUGAAAUUCUUGUUGACCCCUACAUGCAUGAGGUGACCCACUUUUGCCUGCCACAACUACUACCACUUCUCAAGCAUUCCAUGUCCUACCUGCAUGAGAUUUUUGAGUUCUAUGAAGAAAUUCUAACAUGCCGCUACCCUUACUCCUGCUUCAAAACUGUUUUUGUGGAUGAGACUUAUGUGCAAGUGUCUUCUUAUGCUUCAAUGAGUAUCUUCAGCACCAACCUACUUCAUAGUGCUAUGAUCAUCGAUCAGACUCCUUUGACCCGUCGUUGCCUUGCCCAGGCCUUGGCGCAACAAUUUUUUGGUUGUUUCAUCUCUAGGAUGUCUUGGGCCGAUGAGUGGGUGUUGAAGGGAAUCUCAGGCUAUAUUUUUGGCCUGUAUUUAAAGAAGACCUUUGGCGUGAAUGAAUAUCGACACUGGAUAAAAGAGGAGCUUGACAAGAUUGUGGACUAUGAACUGAAGAUGGGAGGUGUUCUUUUGCACCCGACAUUUAGUGGAGGCAAAGAAAAGGACAAUCCAACCCCACACCUGCACUUCUCCCUCAAACACCCGCAUACAUUGUCAUGGGAGUACUACAAGAUGUUCCAAUGUAAGGCUCACCUGGUUAUGAGACUGAUUGAAAACAGGAUCAGCAUGGAGUUCAUGUUGCAGGUUUUCAACAAGCUUUUGAGCCUGGCCAGCACAGCCUCGUCGCAGAGAUAUCAGAGUCACAUGUGGAGCCAGAUGCUUCUUUCCACUCAUGCAUUCUUGAAAUCCAUCUCCAAUGUCUCUGGCAAAGACAUUUCUCCUCUAAUUAAGCAAUGGGUAGAUCAGAGUUCUGUGGUAAAAUUCUAUGGCAGCUUUGCAUUCAACAGAAAGAGGAAUGUUUUGGAGCUGGAGAUCCGCCAAGAUUACACAUCUUCUGGGACUCAGAAAUAUGUUGGUCCCAUCAAGGUGACGGUGCAGGAACUAGAUGGCUCAUUCAACCAUACCUUGCAGAUAGAGGAGAACAGCCUCAAACAUGAUAUCCCAUGUCACUCUAAGAGUCGAAGAAACAAGAAAAAGAAAAUUCCGCUGAUGAAUGGAGAAGAAGUGGACAUGGACUUAUCAGCAAUGGAUGCUGACUCUCCUCUUCUGUGGAUACGUAUUGACCCAGACAUGUCCAUUCUUAGGAAGGUGGAAUUGGAGCAAGCAGACUUCAUGUGGCAGUAUCAGUUGCGUUACGAAAGGGAUGUAGUUGCACAGGAGGAGGCUAUAUCUGCUCUUGAAACAUGCCCAACUCCUGCCUCCAGACUGGCUCUAACUGACAUUCUUGAACAAGAACAGUGUUUCUACAAAGUCCGUAUGCAGGCCUGCUUCUGUUUGGCAAAGAUUGCCAAUGCUAUGGUGAGCACAUGGCAGGGCCCACCUGCUAUGAAAUCUCUGUUCACCAGAAUGUUCUGCUGUAAAACUUGUCCCAAUAUCGUCAAGACCAACAACUUCAUUAACUUCCAGAGCUAUUUUCUUCAAAAGACAAUGCCUGUUGCAAUGGCGUUGCUUAGAGAUGUUCAAAACCUCUGUCCCAAAGAUGUCCUCAACUUCAUACUUGACCUUAUCAAGUACAACGACAACAGGAAGAACAAGUUCUCUGAUAAUUACUACCGUGCUGAGCUACUCGAAGCACUGACCAACUCUUUGACCCCAGCCAUCAGCAUCAACAACGAGACUCGGACAGUGGACAAUUUAAAUGCUGAUGUGCGUCUAAUUUUGGAAGAGAUAACCAGGUUCCUGAACAUGGAAAAACUUUUGCCAAGCUACAGAAGCACAAUCACAAUCAGUUGUCUUAAAGCCAUUCGCCAACUUCAAAAAAAUGGUCACAUCCCAAGUGAAGCAUCACUCUUCAGGUCCUAUGCAGGGUAUGGACACUUUGUUGAUGUUCGUGUUGCUGCUCUAGAGGCUCUGGUAGACUAUACAAGAGUUGAAAAGAGUUCAGUUGAGCUACAGUGGCUGCUCAACCUGGUUCAGAGUGACCCAGCUCCUUAUGUCAGACAUAAGAUCCUAGCCAUGCUUUGUAAGAAUCCGCCCUUCACCAAGACGACAGAAUCAACUAUAUGCAAUGAGGCUCUGGUGGAUCAGCUUUGGAAGCUGAUGAACUCAGGUACCUCUCACGAUUGGCGCCUGCGUUGUGAUGCCGUUAACCUCUACUACACUCUGUUUGGCCUUACUCGGCCUUCCUGCCUGCCCCUCCCUGAGCUUGGCCUUGUGUUGAACCUAAAGGAGAAGAAAGCAGUACUAAACCCCACCAUCAAGCCUGAAUUGAGUGUCGCCGCCGUUAUCGACACGCCUGCAAGUAUAGGAAUCCACGGUGUCGGCUUAAAUUACCCACCUGAGGAUGACGAGCCUGAUCCUAUUUCACUGGGGGUGUGCGGGGUAGGACAGCCUCCUCAGGGCGUCAAGAGAAAGGCCGAGACUCAGCUGGGCUCCCCUCCGGAACCCGGACAGGCAUUGCAGCAAGAUGACGACGGCAGAGUCGGACGCUACAAGAUCAGAUUUAACCUGGAAGAUGAAGAUAUAGAUAUGGAGACCGUUCACGACAGUCAAGCCUUUAUUCACCAUCACCUCAAUCUGUUGGAGAGGCCGUCAACACCAGGUAAAGAGCCCGCUUUCAUUGAACAGACCAUGCUUUCCAUGCCAGCCACCCCCAUACCACCCUUCUCCAAAGACACCGCGUCCUUGUCUUCAAAACACAGAGGUAGUGAGCAUGGCCACCACCACCACGAGCAUAAGAAGAAGAAAAAGAAAAAGCACAAACAUAAGCAUAAGCACAAGCAUGAAAAUAAGGACAAAGACAGAGGUAACUGGCAUCCUUACAGCAACAGUCCAGUCAGCGGCAAGCCUUCACCAUCAUUAUCUGAAUAAAAUCUUUAGAAGGAGGAGAUUUUUUUUAGUUGUCCCCCAUACACGUGUAAUAUAUUUUUUUCCCAGUUGUGUUGUAGAGAUGUCAUUGACGAAUGACUUAAUCGCCGUCGGAUAAGUGAGCAAGCGAGCGCUCAUUUAAGGGAAAGACAACACCCAGGUAUAAAUGACCUUCAAGUAUGCGACCUCUAACACUGGUACAAGACAAAAUAUGAGCGCAGCCAUUGCUGUGAUGACUAUGGCACACAUGCAGAAGUACUGAUAGACAUUGAACACAGGUAACAAUAAUAGCCAAAAUAUGGGCACAAGUUGGCACUGCCUUCCCUAUAUUUUUUCCAGCAAAAUCAGUCUAGAUAAAACAACUGAUGCCUCGUGUUUAAACAUGGGAUGAUGGGUAUUAAGUGACAUCACCAGGAAGAGUGGGUGGCCAAUCUGGGAUACUCACAUUUGAUUGGCGAAAAUCAUUUCCAAAAAUUUCUGGAAAUGUUGUCUUUUAAUUAUGUUUUUCUCCAUUAUUGCACAUCAGAAAAAAAGACAAUUCCUUCCACUGGAACACAAGGUGUUGUACUUCUCCUAUAAAAUGAGUCAUAAUGUCCUGAACUCAUUGGUGAAUACAUUUGUCAUUCAAGAAUCUUUUCUCAUUCAAUAGUUUUAUUGACAAGUUUCCGGAGCAAAACAUGGGCGUUUGACUUUGACAUUUUCUGCUACGGACUUGCGGUUUAGACAGAACAACAUGAAGUACGGCUGAAGUGUGUGUAGACAAGUUAAACUGCAAAAUCAAACCAGGGGAACGUAGAUGAGGCUCUGGGACUUUCUGUGCUGUGCAUGGUUGUGGAAGCGCCUACAUAUUUGAAUGGAAGUGGAAUGUUUUGAUUUCCGACCAUCUACAAAGCGCCCAGCCAUACGCCUUAAAUCGAACCCAGCAGCAGACAAUAAGUUAAGGAUGUUGCUCGUUGCUUUAAAUUUUAAAGAUCCAACGAAAAGAUUAUGUUUAUAUCACUUCGUUCGUGGACAGCCUGUGUUAAUAUGGGGUGUAGAUUGAUACGCUGGCCACCUGAGUGACCAAAAUGAGGCGAAGUUUCCUGAUUGAGUUUCCUUCCACUGCCAUAAAAUCAAUAAAAUACAAACAUAUUUUGGUUGUGGUGACUCUUAGCCAUUUCUUCAUGUUGUCCUUCCAUGUCGUGACGACGGCAGAUGGUAUUUCCAAAUUGUCAUUGUUGAUGGAUUUUAAUGAGUGAUGCAACUCCAGCUCCAUUGUUGUUUUGGUUAGAAAAGAGAACGUGUAAAACGGAAGCUGCAAGCAGGAAUGCGGAAGUACCUCGGAAACUUGUCAAUAAAAAAUGGAAUUUUACCUUGCUAAUGUUUUAGGCAAUAUUAGAAAAUAACGGAGUUCACCAAGAGUGUUGGUAAAUUGAUUUCCAAAGCAUGUCCUUAAUAAUGAUGUCCUCAUAUUUUCCUUUGUCAAACCCCUUUACUCUUUUUAAAUGAAAUUGUUUCAAUUUAAUAAAUGGUUAUGAUCUGUU